AACUGCUCCUCCUCUUAAUUCCAGCAAACCCAGGCAACAACAUUUCCUUUGCUGGAGAACUUCUCACUUUCACUUCCUCCAAAGUUUGUUAAAUAAUUACAGAAAAUUUUAAUGUGGUCAUCGUCGUCGAUCUCCAACCCUAAUCUUUCCACUCUUUUCCUCGGCCACAAACUUCGUCAAAAUCAGAAUACCAAGAAUGGGAUAACGUAUUUCUCAACUUUUAGAAGACGUAAAAUCCCUAGAUGUGCCGUGGAUAUGCCUUAUGGAGGUAAUGCCCCAACUUUUCCUCGAAUCAGAGUUUGGGAUCCCUAUAAACGGCUUGGUAUUAGUCCUUAUGCUUCAGAGGAAGAAAUUUGGUCAGCACGCAAUUUUCUCUUGGAACAAUAUGCAGGACAUGAGAGAAGUGAAGAAUCAAUUGAAGCUGCAUUUGAGAAACUACUUAUGGCCAGCUUCCAGCAUAGAAAGAAAACAAAGAUAAACUUGAAAAGUCGGCUAAAGAAGAAAGUAGAGGAGUCUCCACCUUGGAUUAAGAACUUGCUCAAUUUUGUGGAACUUCCUCCUGUGGAAGUUAUUUUUAGAAGAUUAUUCCUAUUUGCCUUCAUGGGUGGCUGGAGUAUAAUGAAUUCUGCUGAAGGUGGACCUGCCUUUCAGGUAGCAGUAUCUUUGGCAGCCUGCAUAUAUUUCCUUAAUGAAAAAACAAAGAGCUUGGCUCGGGCAUUCAUUAUUGGACUGGGUGCUCUUGCGACUGGGUGGAUAUGUGGUUCCAUCUUUGUUCCAAUGAUUCCAACAGUUCUAAUUCACCCAACAUGGACGCUGGAAUUGUUAACAUCAUUAGUAGCGUAUGUUUUCUUGUUUCUCGCAUGUACUUUCCUCAAAUGAAGUCCAACCAUAUGUCCUACUGAAGUUUUAAAAGUAGAUUGAACUUCGUUUUGCCUUAAAUCUCUAAACAGGAAUUAUGGGUUCACCCAUUUAUUUCUGACAUAAAUCUGAAAUUCUGCUUCAUUCCAAUUCAAUUAUUUACUGUGAACUAAGUAGCUUUUGGAUGGA